AUGGCUCUCGAAGCUCCCUUGCGGUCGUCUUUGCAAUUCCCGUUUGGAGGAAACACAGGAAACACAGACAUGUCGACAGGCUCGGAUCUCGACAAUUGGAGAUCGCCCUCGCGGGUCGUAUCCUCCCCGCCCCCUGCGACAGACUCGAGCUCCCUACGCCCCAGCUCCGCAAACCGGUAUCCCUCACACUCCAUGCAUAUCAUGAGCCCGAGCGAUCUUGUCGGGCCAUCUCCAGUAACGUCCAAUGGGACGGAGACGACGGAAAUUGAGGACGAUGCCACCGACGAAGUGAAGGAAGCGUCGCUUGCCGACGACGCACACGAAAAGCGCAGGUCGGAGGCGCUGAUGCUCACAACCGAUUUGCCCGAAAAUGUGCGUCAGGGCAGUGAAGAGGCGGUUUCGGUCAUACAUGCCCCAGAGAGCUUUGCCACCUGGGUCAGUCGCUCUCUAUGCUGUACUCGUCGGGCACUGACUGACGUUCAGCAUGAGUUUGGGCGAGCGUCACCAAAGGCAGACGACAGCAGCCUCAGGGCCGAUCAUCUGCCCUACAGACCAGCCAUCUCCACCAAUGUCCAGCCAGUGCGGUAUUCUCUGGACAGCGCCACACCCCGCGCGCAGGACCUGCAGGACAUGCUCAGCGACAGCAGUCGUCUCCGAUCAUCGAGCACGAGCAGCCUGGAGAAAAUCGAUGAGCAGACGGAGAAUGAGGAUAACGACAUAGACGACGACUUUGCCUCUCAGCACACCCCGAGCCAUCUGCAAGCGCCAGAAGUGGUAGCCCUCAAGUCGGCAUUUGACGAAUGCUGGACUCUAUGCAACACCUUUGGCAACCUGAGUUCUUUCCAUCGCACACGGGUAUUCUCCAGCUCCGGGACGCCAGACGCCCACGAGAGGGCAUGGAAAACGUGCUGGCAGCUAUGCCAGAAACUGUACGCCAGUUCCACCGAGAACACAAAUUCCUUGAACGCCAGGCUCAGCAUCGACCUGUGCCGAGACUUUUGCCAGGCCUUGUUUGAUGUGCGGCAUAAGAAAGACGAGGCAGCCGACUCGGUGUUGCGGGUCAGCUUUGAGUUGAACAACCACCUCUACAGCGCGCAAGACAGCCGCAAUCUGCCCGAGGAGUUCAGAGAGAGGACACUCGAUUUCUACAUCACCCUUUGCCACCGGCUCAUGAAGCAACGCAGCGACUUGACGGAAGAGACGGACCAGCUGUUGCGGGCGUGUUGGACCUUGGCGGAGAUGCUGUUCAGCUUACGGGAAAACAAGCGCGACAGGCGAUUACCAGACGAGGAGCUCCUCAGCUCGGCUGUUCAAGCGUGCUGGGACUUGAUGGAAAUAUUCCGCCGCGGCUGGACACAAGUCCAACCGGACCGCAGCACCCCAAGACCAGGUCACCCCAGCUUCAGCUAUUCACAUCAGUCAGAGCGCGCCGAAAGCCGGACGUCCAACCGGUCCAAUCGGUCCUCACGUUACUCCAAGCGUGAUCGCGAAAGUACCAAGAGCACCAAGAACAGCCAUCGCGAGGAGCCACCGAAGCAGCCGCCUUUCGUCCCCGAGACGCCAGUGACCGAGUUUGAGCACACACCCGUGUCACCAGAGAGUCGAUCACCUCAGAUGCCGAACAUUAUGGUUCUCGGCACCGACAGCAACCGAGGAGGAAGGUGGUCCAGCAAUGCAUCCAACCUGUCCAGCUAUUCUCAGAGCACGCACAGUAGUACGCGGACCUCUAGCACAGCCACUACUACCGCGGCAACUGAGGACCCCAACCUGGGCCGAGCCCGCAUGUUGGUGCUGCGGGCAGCGAUGAACUUGGGUUUCGACCGUGAUACCAUUACAGAUCCAGGCUCCGGCUCCAUCAUUCUCCAGAGGUUCGUGCAAGCUCUGCCAUCGACGGCUUUUGGACCGAGCGCGAGCAAUGCAACAUUGGUGCAGCAGUACAAAAACUCAGUGCUCACCGAUGCAAUCAUACCACGGAAGCAGACGCUUCCGGCAAAUGGCAAGCGUGCUACCGCAUUGGAGAUGGCUAAGAGCAUCAAUGCCGUCAGCAAGCUGUCCACGCGCUAUGCAUACUUGCGGGAUCUUUACCGAUUUGUCUUCCAGUUCCCAGUGGAGGAGGUCGAGUCACGUCGAAACGUCAGCAUCGUCGUGUGA